ACUGCUUCAACAUUGACACAAUUGAUAUGUUUGUAUAGACACGACCAGGAGAUAGGUGGGCAGAGAGGGUAAUGACGGUUUAUGAAUGUGAGUUUAUUCUGUCAGUCAGCACAGAAGAAUAGAGUGAGAGGAAGAGAUAGGGAGGUAAAGAACGAGGGAAGGUUUACAGAGGACAGAUUAGAACUGUCAUAGACUUACAUUUUACAUUUACAUUUUAGUCAUUUAGCAGACGCUCUUAUCCAGAGCUAUACAUCCACAACAUAUCAGGUUCAGCCAUGGAGCACAUGUGGCUGAACUCGGUGAGUCAGUGUGUGGUAUCUGUGUCGGUGAUCGUGGUGAGUGUGAGGAUGUCUAUGGUUGGUGGUGGAAUGCAGGAGGAUGGAGGAGGCCAGGGUGGAGGUGGUCAUACCCGGAGCGGGAGUGUUUCUGCCUGCCUGAAGUUGUGUCUGGGCUGGGUGGGGGCAGUGGGGGGUGCGGUGGGGGUUCCUGUCUCUGUGCUGCUGAACCUGAGGAGUCCCCAGUGCCUGUACACCUGCAUCACCCUGGUGUGCUGUCCUCUGCUGGUCAGGCAGUUCACUGUCUGCCUGCUGCUGCUCAUGACCCUCAACUCCCACCUGAAGCACCGCAUGGGGAGCAGGUACAGUUUGCUGGUGACACGUCGUCGGGCCCUGUGUGUGGUCCUGCUGUGCUGGGUGGCCUCUGUCCUCUCCUCCUUUGCCCAGUUCAUCGGCUGGAACGUCCUGGACACCUGGGGAGGGGAAGAGGGAUGGCUGGAUGGGCUGGGGCUGGACGGCAUCCCCCCAGGCAACUGGACCUCCCCUCCUCCCCGUCCGAUGCCUCCCAAGUACAACCAGGACCGCUCUGUGAUCGGGAAGUACCUCCCUUACGGCGGCUUCCUGUCUAAGUUCUACGUGGAGGAUCUCCAUAACUUCACCUAUGCAGAGAUCCAUGGGAGCCACUGGGGGGUGUGUGCCCCCGACACUGUUCUCAGCCCCCAGUUCCUGGUCUAUGUCUAUGGGGUGACCGUCUUCCUGCUCCCCCUAAUGAGCCUGCUGGCCAUUUACCUAGAUCUGGUCUGUGUGAUGCCCAGACAGGACCCUGAUGGUCCGGGCUCUGGCCCCCCAAAACACCGCUCUCCCCGUGCCCGCUCCCUAGGCCUCUCCCUCUGCCUUCUUGUCCUCCUGUGCCUGCCCCUUCACAUCACCCACUCCCUCCUGCUUUUCUCCCCAGGCACAUUGCCCCCGACCUGGGCUUUCCCGCUGGUCUCGCUCCUGUCGCAGCUGUAUGGUCUGGUGCCCCCUCUCCUCGUCACCAUUCCCACACAACGGGUGGGGGCCGAACAGGUACCUCUGCCCCACCUGGCCCCCAUAGGGGGUAAGACGGUGGGCGGAGCCCUGUGUUCAGCUGUGCAGGCGGCAUCCUGUUCACUCAAAGGGAGGCUGUGCCCAGAUGUGUGUGUGUAACAUGGAACGGGAAAACAGGGAAGGUGUGUGUGUUAACACGUUGUUACAACACCAGCAUUCCCAUCUCAUAUGUUCUAAUUCACUCUUUUAGGCUCUGUUUACACACAUGUCUAAUAUGGUAAUACAUCGAAAUUGCUGAACAUCCAAUUUCCCUGGAGGGUUGCCCACAAACAUAAGUUCCAAUCAUUGUGUGUAAACAGCGCCAUGUAUCAUUGUGUGAUUCACAAGGAGCUUCUUUGUGUAUGUUUCCCCAUAUAUAUUCAUCAACCUGUCAGUAGCACAUACUAGUUAAUUCGUUUUUCACACACUGUACUGUUUAAUUAUUGGGUCCCAUAUCAAAUAAGGUCACUAACCAGGCUUACAUCCAACCUUUUUAUGCUGUGUAAAGUACAUUUCGGAUAAAAAAGGUCAAGACAGGCCUGAUGGAAACAUCUAAUUUGUCAGUAGACGUUCCAAAUGUCAGCCAAACAAAAUACGCUAGACAAGCUGGGAUCUUUUUGUAUCUGUAAAAUUCAUAAUGUGAGAAAUAGCGAGGAAACGCCUCGCAAAUAUUUAUAUAAUAAUCAUACCUUUAUAACCAUCAUACCGAAGUAAACUCGGAGUCACACAAUGACAUGGUUUGUGGUCCUUCCACUACGACUCGGGAAACCAUGUCGUUUAUUAGGCUACAGAUUUAGUAAAUGAUAAUCAACUUUACAGGGUGGUGAAAAUGCAAGUGAUGAACGUCAUGCUCCUUUACAAUAAAUAUUGAGGGUCUCCCUCUGCCAUUUAACAAAUUAAAAUGAUAUUGCUCUUUUAUCCAGAAUAAUCUCAUCAACCACACUGUAUCUGUCAGCUGUUGUCUUGAGCGCAAGUGCCAAACCAGAGUGGGCAUAUUUGCUAUAUAAUGGCAAACAUUUUUUGUGACUAAACCAUCAGUAGAGUUGACAAUUAUGUUCUAUUUUUUAUUCAGUACAUGGGAAUUUAACUGCAAACGUUAUUUUUAUGUGUAUUACAUCAUCGUGCACAGUUUUUUUUUAUCAGCAACGAGAACAUUUGUUGGAAACACAUCUCUGGUGGUAAAAUGUUUUAAUGAGGACUUUCACACGAAAAUCUGUCGCCAAUUGGAUGGAAACCUAGCUACUGAGAGAGUAAAUAUCACGCAGCUGACUUCUCAUCUCACACUGAUCCAGAACUAAGCCUGGGACUAGAUCAGGAUAUGUCUGCAUUGUAACAUGCCUUCUGCUGCUGCUGCUGCGGAUGCUAUAGAUCUGGCUUUGAUCAUGUUUAAUUAAACACACAGUAAUAACAGCAUGGUUGGUCCGGCGACGCCCUCAUAAUUAUAGCAGAGAAACGUUUUUCAUGGCUGUUUUGAUUAACUGUGUAAAUCUAACACUCUCCUUAAAUAAAAGGCCUUGCUCUAA